AUGGCGACAAAAGUACCAGUCUUCCCCACGGCGGAAGAAACAAUGAGACAUCCCUCAUAUUCCUCAACGAUAUGGAACCUCGAACCCGAUCGCAAGGGAAAAUGUUCCGUCGCAAAGGACCGAGGCGGUCCCUUCAACAUUGCCUGGGAAAUCCACGGCACCGGUCCCUCAAAGAUCAUCUUCAUAAUGGGCCUAGCAGGCCUCAAAACCUCAUGGCAGCGCCAAACGAAAUACUUCGGCCACGACAACGCAUCCAAAUACUCCGUCCUCAUCCUCGACAACCGCGGCAUGGGCGAAUCAGACGUCCCCUACCUCCGCUACUCCACCUCCGAAAUGGCCCACGACGCCCUCGAAGUCCUCACCUCCGUCGGCUGGACCGCCUCCCGCUCCGUCCACCUCUUUGGCAUCUCCAUGGGCGGCAUGAUCUCCCAAGAACUAGCCUUCGCCGCCCCCUCCCUCUUCGCCUCCGUAACACUACUCUGCACGGCCCCCUGGAUCGAAAACACAAAGACACUUCUCGAAAACAUGCGCGACCGCGCCGCCAUGCUCGUUCCCAAAUCCGCGGACCGGAGUAUUGCGGACACGUCCCUGAAACUCUUCCCUGCCGACUGGCUCGUCAUGCCCGACGAGGCGGCUGAGCUGCCCAACGAUGCAACACACAAGUGUGGUCCCGCGGAUGGGGGCAGGGGUACGGCGCAGGAGCUCAUCAAGAGGAACACGCCGGGGCUGUUCAGUAUUCGUGGGUUCAUUCAGCAGCUCGUUGCGGCGGGCUGGCAUCACAAGUCGCCCGCGCAGCUGAGGCAGCUCGCGGAUCAAGUGGGUAGGGAGCGUAUUGCUGUCAUUCAUGGGUUGAGUGAUGUUAUGAUUGACGCGCAUCAUGGAAGGUUACUGGCUGAGCAUCUGCAGCCGGGUGUUGUGGAGUUCGUGGAGGGUAUGGGGCAUGCGCCCAUCAUGGAUAGAGUGUCGUGGAUGAACAAGUGGUUGGAGGAGCGAAUCGCAACGGUGGAAAAGAUGGGUGCUUAG